AUGCCUAUCUCAAACCGACAGCUCAUCUACGCCAACACGCCGUCCCCGGCCAUCGACCCCUCCCUGACCAAUGGAACCUUCAAGCUCAACACGACCUCCCUCCCCGACCAGAUCCCCAAUGACAAAGUCCUCGUGCGCGUGCACUACCUCUCGCUCGACCCGGCCAUGCGCCAGUGGCUCACAGCAAAACGGUCGUACAUUGCUCCCGUUGAGCGCGGCAGCGUCAUGCGCGGCCAGAGCAUCGCACAGGUGAUCGCGGUCGGAAGCGGAUUACAAUCCCAAUACACGGUCGGCGACUGGGUCGUCGCUUACUCCGGCUGGCAGGAAUAUUGUCUGCUGGGGCCCAAGGAGGCCCAGAAGGUGGCCGUCCCUCCCGGCUGCCAGCCCACCGAUGCCAUGUCGGUGCUGGGCAUGACGGGGUUGACGGCCUACUUUGGCAUGAUCGAGAUCGGACAGCCGAAGCCCGGCGACACCGUCGUUGUGUCUGGUGCGGCCGGCGCGACCGGCAUGGUCGCCGGGCAGAUCGCCAAGGUCAAGGGAGCCAAGCGGGUUGUCGGCAUUGCGGGCAGUGCUGACAAGUGCGAGUUCCUGGUCAAGGAGCUUGGGUUCGAUGCGGCGAUCAACUACAAGGAUAAGGGCUGGAAGAAGCAGUUGAAGGAGGCGACGCCGGAGUAUAUCGAUGUAUAUUUUGACAACGUCGGAGGAGAAAUCCUCGAUGCUUGCCUGGCGCGGGCCCAGAAAGACUCUCGGUUCGUGAUCUGCGGUGCGAUCAGCCAGUACAACUCGGCCAAGCCCCAGGGGCCUGCAAGCUUCAUGAACGUCAUUGCAUGUGAUCGCCGAUCGAUCGCUGACAGUGUAUUGCAGUCGCAACGGAUCACAAUGAAAGGUUUCAUCGUGUUCGACUUUGCGAAAAAGUAUGACAUUGCCUUGAAGGAUCUCUCGACAUGGUUAACCCAGGGGAAGAUCAAGCGCAAGGAGCAUAUCAUCCGAGGGGGACUGGAGGCGGCGCCUCAGGGCCUAGUGAGUCUUUACGAAGGUGCCAACACCGGCAAGAUGAUGGUUGAGGUGGCACCUGUUAGCGAGGCUAUUGGAGCCAAGGCCAAGCUGUAA